GCUGCCGUACUGCGGCUCUCCCAGCUCCCAGUUGCAACGCCCCCCCUUCGCCUCGAAUCCUGAUUGUGUUCAUUGCGCUGCCUUCAUGUAGGGGCGAACAUGUCUGUGAUAGGAGGUGGAACGAGAGGGUUUUAUUUCAACACAGUUCUGUCUCUGGCUCGAUCCCUCGCCGCCCAGCGUCCAGCACCGCUUGAAAAGGUCCAGAAGCUACAAUGCAUGUGUCCGGUGGAGGUCCGUGGUGUUUUCACCGUAGACGUGCGCCGCAUAGAUGCUGUCAUCGCACUCGGCGUGUUUCUGGUGGAGUCUGGCUUACAGCACAAAGACAUGCUUGUUUGCUACUUGCUGAGCCUGCUGAGAGGGCUGCCACGGGUCCAGUGGAUCGAAGAAAGCUGUGGGAAGAAAGGAAAGGAAUUUCUCCCGAUUGCAGAAAACUUCAGUUUCUGUCUCGUAACUCUUCUGGCAGAUGUUGCUCAGAGGGAUGUUGACUCCCAACAAGAGAUCUUAAACACCAUAAUGGAGGUGAUGCAAGCAUUUCAAGAAAUGUGCCAAACACCCAAUAAACAUGACAAAGUUUACUUAUGCAGGUACACAGUUCCCAGUCUGCUGGGCAUGACUCGGGCCUUUGGCCGCUACAGCAGCACAGAUGACGCCCUGCUGACCAAGCUGUUCCCCAGGAGUUCACCGCAGGCCCGGUGCGUCCCCGAGGAGACGGAGGGCGUGCGGCGCAGAUCCUUCAACGACUUCCGUUCUAUUUUGCCCCCCUCGCUGCUCAACGUGGUGUGCCAAACUGACUCUCUGCGCAGACGCACGGGGAACAACCUGGAUUCCUCUGCGCAGAUCUCCACAGAUCCAGCGGGACACUCGCCCUGCUCUCCCACUGCUCCAGGUCCACUUUAUUUUGAAGGUGCAUAUUUCCCAGAAUGCAGUGCAGUGGACCCUGAACACUAUUUUUCCACGGUCAGCUCCAGUUUCUCAGUGUCGCCUCUUCCUGUGGGAGCAGGUGAAAGUGAGGUGGAGGUGUCGGUGGAAGUUCUCCAGCAUCUCCUCGACAUGGUGAAGACGUUUGUUUCCGACUCCUCCCUGAAAACUCUGGAUGCUGCUAUAACAGAAGUCCUGGAAUCAAAUCCAGGGAUCAGCCUCAGCUACAAAACCUUCAGUGACACUCUGUAUGUGUGUGUCUUCAAAAUGCUGCGCGACACUCUGUACAAUCUGAAAGAUCUGCAGCCGGCGUUUGUGCGGGAAGUGCACGACUUCGUACUAGAGCAGUUCAGCAGCAGCCAAACGGAGCUGCAGAGGGUGCUUUAUGACACGGGGGGGUUGCCCAGUGAACAGAGCCCCCUCAAGCUGCGUUGCCAAGCCAAUGCUGCCUGCGUGGACCUCAUGGUGUGGGCCGUCAAAGAUGAGCAAGGAGCGGAAAAUCUUUGCACCAAACUGACAGAGAAGCUCCAGUCCAAAGCAUCCAGUAAAGUCAUCAUCGCCCACAUGCCCCUGCUCAUCUGCUGUUUACAGGGCCUGGGCCGCCUGUGUGAACGGUUUCCAGUGAUCGCUCAUUCUGCUACCACCUCGCUAAGAGACUUCCUGGUCGUUCCUUCUCCUGCUCUAACAAAACUGUACAAGUAUCACAGCCAGUACAGUGCAGGGGCUUCAGAGAUCCGGAUAAAUGUCACCAACGAGCACGCUCAGUCCACCCUCAGCGUGCUGUCCAGCAGGAAGGACCAGCCCUCCAUGUACGAGCAGCUCCGAGACAUUUCCAUUGAUAACAUCUGCAGGUGUCUGAAGGCCGGUUUGACCAUGGAUAACGUGAUAGUGGAGGCUUUCUUGGCCAGUUUGUCCAACCGUUUGUACAUCUCUCAGGAGAAUGAAAAGGAUGCUCAUCUGAUUCCGGAUCACACCAUUCGAGCGCUGGGCCACAUCGCUGUGGCUCUGAGAGACACUCCCAACGUCAUGGAGCACAUCCUGCAAAUCCUCCAGCAGAAGUUCUGCCAGCCUCCAUCACCGCUGGAUGUCCUCAUCAUUGACCAGCUCGGCUGUAUGGUCAUUACAGGAAAUCAAUACAUCUACCAGGAUGUGUGGAACCUGUUCCAGCAGAUCAGCGUCAAAGCCAGUUCAGUGGUUUAUUCAGCCACCAAAGACUACAGGGAUCACGGUUACAGACACUGCUCCCUGGCGGUGAUCAACGCCCUCGCCAACAUCGCAGCCAACCUGCAGGGGGAGCAGCUGGUGGACGAGCUGCUGGUCAAUCUUUUAGAGUUGUUUGUCCAACUGGGUCUGGAAGGCAAAAGAGCCAGCGAGAGGGCCUCCGACAAGGGGACAGCACUGAAGGCGUCGAGCAGCGCUGGAAACCUCGGAGUUCUCAUUCCUGUGAUCGCUGUGUUGACAAGGCGGCUUCAACCCAUCAAGGAGGCCAAGCCCCGCCUCCAGAAGCUCUUCAGGGACUUCUGGUUGUAUUCUGUGGUCAUGGGUUUUGCUGCGGAGGGAUCAGGACUCUGGCCUGAAGAAUGGUAUGAAGGUGUGUGUGAGAUUGCCACCAAGUCUCCUCUUCUCACUUUUCCGAGUGGAGAACCACUUCGCUCUGAACUACAGUACAACUCAGCGCUGAAAAACGACACUGUGACGCCGUCUGAGCUGAGUGAACUUCGGGGAACCAUUAGUAAUCUCAUCGACCCCACUCCAGAAGGAUCGGCCCUCAUUAACAAGCUCGACUUCGCCAUGUCCACCUACCUGCUCUCUGUCUACAGAUUAGAGUACAUGAGGAUGUUGCGAUCCAACGAUCCCGACCGGUUCCAGGUCAUGUUUCGAUACUUUGAGGACAAAGCCAUCCAGAAAGACAAAUCUGGUAUGCUGCAGUGCAUCAUUUGUGUCGGUGAUAAGGUCUUUGAUGUCUUCCUCCAGAUGAUGGCUGAUAAGCCAAAAACUAAAGAGCAUGAAGAGGAGUUAGAGCGACACGCUCAGUUCUUGUUGGUCAACUUUAACCACACCCACAAGAGGAUCCGCAGAGUGGCAGACAAAUACCUGUCGGGUCUGGCUGAGACAUUCCCCCACCUUCUUUGGAGCGGUCGAGUGUUGAAGACCAUGCUGGAUAUUUUGCAGACCCUGUCUCUGUCUCUGAGUGCAGACAUUCAUAAAGACCAGCCAUACUAUGACAUUACAGACACCCCCCACAGGAUCACUGUGCCAGACACAUACGAAGCCAGAGAGAGCAUAGUGAAGGACUUUGCUGCUCGCUGUGGAGAAAUCCUGAAGGAGGCGAUGAAAUGGGCCCCUUCAGUCACCAAGUCCCACCUACAGGAGUACCUCAACAAGCAUCAGAUCUGGGUGUCGGGUCUGUCCCAGCACACCGGCCUGGCCAUGGCCACGGAGAGCAUACUGCACUUUGCAGGCUACAACAGGCAGAGCACCACGCUUGGCGCUGCUUACCCUCAGACCACCCAGCUGACGGAGAGGCCGGCGUGCGUCAAGAAAGACUACUCCAACUUCAUGGCGUCUUUGAACCUGCGAAACCGCUACACCGGAGAGGUGAUCGGGAUGAUUGAGUUCUCAGAGGCAACUCAGAGCAAGUCGGACCUGAAAAAGCUGAUGAUCCUACAAAUGACCAGCGCCCUCGAUAAAAAAGACCCAGAAGGCUUCACUCAGACCAUGUUCAAGAUGGCUGCUCUGCUUAUUACAACCAAAAACUGUGAUCAGCAGCUGCUGCACCAUCUGUGCUGGUCUCCACUGAAGAUGUUUACAGAACAUGGCAUGGAAACGGCCAUCGCCUGCUGGGAGUGGCUCCUGGCUGCACACAACGGGGUGGAAGUGCCGUUCAUGCGUGAGAUGGCGGGGGCGUGGCAGAUGACGGUGGAGCUGAAGAUGGGUUUGUUUUCGGAGGCUAAAGUGGAAGCCGGCCCUCUAGCCGUGUCAGAGGAGAGUCAGCCAGCCCCCUGUGCUCCUGAAGUCAUCCCUCACUUCCUUUGGAUUGAGUUCCUGGUGCAGCGGUUUGAGAUCGCCAAGUACAGCAGUGCAGACCAGGUGGAGAUUUUCACGUCGAUUCUGCAGAGAUCUCUGUCUCUCAGUGUGGGAGGAUCCAAAAGCAGCCUGAACCGCCACGUUGCCGCCAUUGGACCAAGAUUCAGGCUGCUGACUCUGGGCUUGAAUCUGCUCCACGCGGACGUUGUGACAAAUGCGACCAUCAGAAAUGUCCUUCGAGAGAAGAUUUACUCCACGGCUUUUGAUUACUUCAGCGGAGCUCCCAAGUUUCCCACUCAGACAGAUAAACGGUUGAGAGAGGACAUUAGCAUAUUGAUCAAGUUCUACACCUGCCUGCAGUCUGAUAAAAAGUAUCUGACGGCCAACCAGCUGGUCCCCCAAGAUCUUCAAGAAAUGUCGGUGAACAGCCUGUCUGUGAUGGCCGUAGCGGACAGCCGCGGCAGUCUUGACGUAGCUGUCGGACAGAGACAGCAGGUUCUUCAAGGAUGGAUCAACACGUACCCUCUGUCCUCGGGGAUGUCCACUUUAUCCAAGAAAUCCGGGCUUUCGAAAAAGAGCAACAGAGGUUCUCAGCUCCACAAAUACUACAUGAAACGAAGGACUUUGCUGCUGGCUCUGCUGGCCAGUGAGAUCGAGCGACUGACGACAUGGUACAACCCGUUAUCCUCUCCGGAGCUUGCUAUCGCUACUGAGCAGUCGGUGGAGACCAGCAUUGCUAACUGGAGGUCCAAAUACAUCAGCCUGACUGAAAAACAGUGGAAGGACACCGUCAACCUGGCCUGGAGUAUAUCGCCUUACCUGGCUCUGCAGCUGCCCACCAGAUUUAAAAACACAGAGUCCAUCGCCUCUGAGGUGACUCGUCUGGUGCGUAUGGAUCCGGCCGCUGUGUGCGACGUUCCUGAGGCCAUUAAGUUCCUUGUGACGUGGCACACGAUUGAUGCCGACUCCCCAGAGCUGAGUCACAUCCUGUGCUGGGCCCCUGCAGACCCCCCAACCGGACUGUCCUACUUCUCCUCCAUGUACCCUCCUCAUCCUCUCACCGCUCAGUAUGGGGUCAAAGUGCUUCGCUCCUUUCCUCCAGACGCCAUUUUGUUUUACAUUCCCCAAAUAGUCCAGGCCCUUCGCUACGACAAGAUGGGUUAUGUCAGAGAGUACAUCCUCUGGGCCGCCCAGAAGUCUCAGCUGUUGGCUCACCAAUUCAUCUGGAACAUGAAGACCAACAUCUUCCUGGAUGAGGAAGGGAGCCAGAAAGACCCGGACAUCGGAGAGCUGCUGGAACAGAUGGUGGAGGAGAUCACCGGUUCUCUCUCUGGUCCAGCCAAAGAUUUUUACCAGGGAGAGUUCGACUUCUUCAACAAGAUUACCAACGUGUCGGCCAUUAUCAAGCCUUUCCCCAAAGGGGAGGAGAGGAAGAAGGCCUGUCUGGAGGCUCUGUCUCAGAUUCAAGUUCAGCCUGGCUGUUACCUCCCCAGUAACCCAGAAGCCAUUGUUUUAGACAUAGACUACAAGUCUGGAACUCCCAUGCAGAGUGCUGCCAAAGCUCCGUACUUGGCCAAGUUCAAAGUUAGAAGGUGUGGAGUCAGCGAGCUGGAGAAACAAGGUCUGCAGAGUCGCUCAAACUCCAUGGAUGAAGAAAAGAGCGAGGAAGAAGCCAGGAACAUCUGCUGGCAGGCGGCCAUCUUUAAAGUUGGAGACGACUGCAGACAGGACAUGCUGGCUCUUCAGAUUAUCAGCCUCUUUAAGAACAUCUUCCAGCUGGUGGGCCUGGAUCUCUACGUGUUUCCUUACAGGGUGGUGGCCACUGCACCAGGGUGUGGCGUCAUCGAGUGCAUCCCAGAUUGCAAAUCUCGUGACCAGCUGGGCCGGCAGACAGACUUCGGCAUGUACGACUACUUCAGGAACCAGUAUGGAGAUGAGUCCACCCUGGCAUUUCAGAAGGCGCGCUACAACUUCAUCCGCAGUAUGGCGGCUUACAGCUUAUUGCUCUUCCUGCUCCAAAUCAAAGACAGACACAACGGGAACAUCAUGCUGGACAGCAAGGGACACCUCAUCCACAUUGACUUUGGCUUCAUGUUUGAAAGUUCUCCUGGUGGGAAUCUGGGCUGGGAGCCAGACAUCAAGCUCACCGAUGAGAUGGUGAUGAUCAUGGGCGGGAAGAUGGAGGCGACGCCUUUCAAGUGGUUCAUGGAGAUGUGUGUGAGGGGGUACCUGGCCGUCAGGCCGUACAUGGACGCCGUGGUCUCCUUAGUCAACCUGAUGCUGGACACUGGCCUUCCCUGCUUCAGAGGGCAGACCAUCAAAUACCUCAAGCAGCGGUUCAACCCUGGUUUGAGUGAAAAAGAUGCAGCUGCCUUCAUCAUCAAAGUCAUCCAGAACUGUUUCCUCAGCAACAGGAGUCGAACCUACGACAUGAUCCAGUAUUACCAGAAUCAGAUUCCAUACUAAACGUUUGUGCCUGAGCAUGUUUGAUGAUGCAGUGUGCGUGCCUUUGUCAAAUUCACCUCAGUGAUUCACUGUUUCUGCUCAUUUGUUCGAUAUUGUUUUGCCUUUUCCUUUUGAAAAAAACAGAAAAAGUCCACGAUUGUUCUCCGUUCCUAUUAUUUAUUUUGUCUCUUUGAGAAUCGAUGUUGUUGCUCUUGAUUAUUAAACUAUUGCACUACCAUCUUCGGAGGACUUCAAGAAAGUCUCUUGAUAAUCUGCACGUUCAGUAAAUUAUUUAUUCAAAUUAUGUGUCAGUUUGUAAUGGAAACUCUGUUUGUGAAUGUAAAUGAUUUUGAUUUUCGACGUGGGUUCACGUGGACUCUAGAGAAGUAGACCAAGUUCAGUUCUGACCAAUGAGGCCUACUCUUGCCAUCUCGUACUUGACUGUACUACUGUGCUUGCUUUUCAUCGGAGCAGUGACUUAUUUAAUCUUCGGCAUGGUACUCGGCUUGUAACUACCUGUGAGACUUGACUGCUUGGAAACGUUUGCAUUUUGGGGUUUUAUAUUGCCAGCUUUGACGGUGGAUGAUGCACACAAGCUCCAGGAAACACAGACUCCCCUUGUUUGGAGCGCUGCAGAAGCAGGAGGGAAUGCACUUUUUAUUCUAACGCUUGUGUUAAGGCACGGUUUCAAUGUUUGGCAGUUGCAUGAUGGGGCAUCGACUGCGAUGUCGCUUGUGUCAAAUGUGGCUUUUUCUAAAGUGUCUUUACUGAGUGCUGCGCCCCCGAGUCCACACGCUUAACUUGAGCCUCCAUGUUGUUACUGGUUUUAGAAACUUCUUUGUAAAUUUGUACCAUGACCCAUUUUCUGUCCCCUUUUCUAUAUUCAUGCCUUUUGAAUGAGAUUGCACAUGGGAUCAAAUAAAGAACUUUUAAUUUAAA